CGUUCCGAAGUUAGUUACAGUUUGAUGCGGUAUUUUGACAAAUCAUUUUCCCUAUUUCGAGCUAAUUUUUAAAAUACACAGAAAUGGCGCGCCGGUAUGAUACAAGGACUACGAUAUUCUCUCCUGAAGGGAGAUUGUACCAAGUCGAAUAUGCUAUGGAAGCUAUCAGUCAUGCGGGUACAUGUUUGGGAAUAUUAGCCAAUGACGGUAUUCUUUUGGCUGCUGAAAGGCGUAACACAAAUAAACUACUCGAUGAAGUGUUUACAUCUGAAAAAAUUUACAAGCUAAACGAGGAUAUGGUGUGCAGUGUGGCUGGCAUAACAUCAGAUGCCAAUGUGCUCACAAAUGAGCUCCGUUUGAUAGGCCAAAGGUAUUUGUUUCAAUAUGGAGAAUCAAUUCCCUGUGAGCAAUUGGUAUCGUGGUUGUGCGAUGUAAAACAAGCUUACACUCAGUAUGGUGGAAAACGCCCAUUUGGUGUCUCGAUCUUGUACAUGGGAUGGGACAAACAUUAUGGAUAUCAGUUAUACCAAUCAGACCCCAGUGGAAAUUACAGUGGGUGGAAAGCCACUUGCAUUGGAAAUAACAGUGCUGCCGCCAUAUCCAGCUUAAAACAAGAAUACAAGGAAGGAGAAAUGACCUUAAAAGAUGCUAAAUCAUUGGCUGUUAAAGUUUUAAGCAAAACAUUGGAUAUGACCAAACUUACUUCAGAAAAAGUUGAGAUGUCAACUCUAACAAGAAAAGAUGGCAAAACUUUUAUUAAUAUCCUAGCAGGCACAGAAGUUGAGGCUCUUAUAAGCGAAUUCGAAAAAACUGAAGCUGCAGCUGCUGAAGCUUCUAGAAAGGAAAAAGCAACAGCUUAGUUAGGAUUUUUUUUCAUGUUUUGGUAAUCUUAAAUUUGUAAUAAUAAAAUUAAUUUUAAAACUUGU